UAGGUCACGUGUAUCAUUUUUGACCAGGGACAGCAGGCUGGAAGUAGGAAGCAAGAAGCUUGAAGAGGGGAUUCCUGGUUAGAUCUCCACUACACACCACUGCAAUAAAGUGUUAAUAAGCCAUAGCCUGCUGGCCAGGGGUUGCAGGAUCCUUUAAUUCCAGACCCAAGAGUACUUACAGAGUGAGACAAAAAGAAGUAAGCGGAGGGGAAGGGAAAGAGCAAAGAUGACUGCCAUUGACCCACAUCUACAGUAUGCCAACUCAUACAAUAUGACAGAAGAAGACUAUAUGCAUCAAGAAGAUGACUGGGAUAGGGACCUACUCCUGGACCCUGCAUGGGAGAAGCAACAGAGAAAGACCUUCACAGCCUGGUGCAACUCUCACCUUAGGAAAGCUGGCACGCAGAUUGAGAACAUUGAGGACGAUUUCAGAAAUGGGCUUAAACUGAUGCUUUUACUUGAGGUCAUCUCUGGAGAGAGGCUACCAAAACCAGACAAAGGGAAAAUGCGAUUCCACAAGAUUGCAAAUGUGAACAAGGCUCUGGACUUCAUUGCCAGCAAAGGAGUAAAACUGGUUUCUAUUGGCGCUGAGGAAAUUGUUGAUGGUAAUUUGAAGAUGACCUUGGGUAUGAUCUGGACUAUUAUUCUGCGUUUCGCAAUUCAGGAUAUUUCCGUUGAAGAAACAUCUGCUAAGGAAGGAUUGCUGCUCUGGUGUCAGAGGAAGACUGCUCCCUACAGAAAUGUCAACGUGCAAAAUUUCCACAUCAGCUGGAAGGAUGGCCUGGCAUUGUGUGCCCUCAUCCACAGACACAGGCCCGACCUCAUUGACUACUCCAAGCUCAGAAAGGAUGACCCUAUUGGUAACCUCAACACUGCCUUCGAGGUAGCAGAAAAGUUCCUGGAUAUCCCCAAGAUGUUGGACGCAGAAGAUAUUGUGAAUACACCCAAGCCAGAUGAGAAGGCAAUUAUGACGUAUGUAUCCUGCUUCUACCAUGCGUUUGCUGGAGCUGAACAGGCUGAGACUGCAGCAAACAGGAUCUGUAAGGUUCUCGCAGUGAACCAGGAGAAUGAGAAGUUGAUGGAAGAAUAUGAGAAGUUAGCAAGUGAGCUCCUAGAAUGGAUCCGCCGCACCAUCCCCUGGCUGGAGAACAGGACCCCAGAGAAGAACAUGAGCGCCAUGCAGAAGAAAUUAGAGGACUUUAGGGACUACAGGAGGGUUCACAAACCACCCCGUGUUCAGGAGAAGUGCCAGUUGGAAAUCAAUUUUAACACCCUUCAAACCAAGCUGAGGCUCAGCAACCGCCCUGCAUUCAUGCCAUCUGAGGGCAAAAUGGUUUCUGAUAUUGCCAAUGCAUGGAAAGGUCUGGAGCAAGUAGAGAAAGGCUAUGAAGAAUGGCUUUUGCUGGAAAUCAGGAGACUGGAGAGACUGGAGCACCUGGCAGAAAAGUUUAGGCAGAAGGCUACUCUACAUGAGUCCUGGACUAGAGGAAAGGAAGAAUUGCUAUCUCAGAGAGAUUAUGAAUCCGCUUCUCUCAUGGAGAUCCGAGCAUUGGUGCGCAAGCACGAAGCAUUUGAGAGCGAUUUGGCUGCUCACCAGGACCGUGUAGAGCAGAUCGCUGCAAUUGCUCAGGAACUGAAUGAGCUGGACUACCAUGAUGCCGCUGCUGUGAAUAGCCGCUGCCAGUCGAUCUGCGACCAGUGGGACACCUUGGGCACCCUCACUCAGAAAAGGAGAGAUGCUCUGGAGCGUGUAGAAAAGCUCCUGGAAACCAUUGACCAGCUGUACCUGGAGUUUGCCAAGAGAGCAGCUCCAUUCAAUAACUGGAUGGAUGGAGCCACAGAGGAUCUGCAGGACAUGUUCAUUGUACACAGCAUUGAAGAGAUUCAGAGUCUUAUUUCAGCACACGAGCAGUUCAAGGCCACCCUGCCUGAGGCUGACAAGGAAAAGAUGUCAAUUUUGGGCAUCCAGGCUGAGAUACAGAAAAUUGCUCAGACCUAUGGAAUUAAGUUGUCUGGAAUUAACCCAUACACCAACCUCACCCACCUCGAUAUUGGCAAUAAGUGGGAGACGGUGAAACAACUGGUUCCCCACAGAGACCAAACCCUCCAGGAGGAGCUUGCCCGCCAACAGGCUAAUGAACGUUUGCGUCGCCAAUUUGCAGCACAAGCCAACGUCAUUGGGCCCUGGAUCCAGACCAAGAUGGAGGAGAUCGGUCGCCUAUCUGUGGACAUUAGCAGUUCUUUGGAAGACCAGAUGAACCAUCUCAAGCAAUAUGAACAGAAUAUCAUCUCCUACAAGACCAACAUUGAUAAACUGGAGGGAGAUCACCAACUCAUCCAAGAAUCUCUUAUCUUCGACAACAAACACACAAGCUACAGUAUGGAGCAUAUCCGUGUGGGAUGGGAGCAGCUCCUCACUACAAUCGCUAGGACCAUCAAUGAGGUUGAGAACCAGAUUCUGACUCGUGAUGCUAAGGGCAUCAGCCAGGAACAGAUGAAUGAGUUCCGUGCAUCAUUCAACCACUUUGAUAGGAAGAGAAAUGGCAUGAUGGAUCCUGAUGACUUCCGUGCUUGCCUGAUUUCCAUGGGAUAUGAUCUGGGUGAAGUCGAGUUUGCUCGCAUCAUGACUUUGGUGGAUUCUAACAACACAGGAGUUGUGACCUUCCAGGCCUUCAUUGACUUUAUGACUCGGGAGACAGCAGAAACCGACACUGCUGAACAAGUUAUGGCUUCAUUCAAGAUUUUGGCAUCAGACAAGAGCUACAUCACUGUUGAAGAACUCCGCAGAGAACUGCCUCCAGAACAGGCCGAAUAUUGCAUCACCCGUAUGACAAAAUACACCGGUGCAGAUACCAUUUCAGGAGCUCUGGAUUAUUUGUCCUUCUCCAGUGCUCUUUAUGGAGAAAGUGAUCUGUAAAAAAACACCUUCCCCCCACUUCCCUUGACUAUUCCCCUUCCCUAUACCUCAGAAUUUUACCCCAAGGACAAAAAUGACCUUCUUAAAGUGUAGCAAAGUGCCAAAUAAAAUGUAUAUAUACACUUUGUUGAACACAAAUAGUUGAAAAGUACAUACCAACAUAUAGCUUGAGUUCAAACAUCAUUGUCUAUUUGUAAAGGCACCGCAAACUCUGCAUCACCGGACAGUGGGUUAAAGAAACUAUACAUAAGAACAAGUCAUACACAUAAAACAGAACAAGUACAUAAGAUGUUGAAGAAGAAGGUAGGGAUGUGAGACAGAAAGUAGAGAGGACCCUGUUAGUGAGAGCAAUGUUCUCAUCAUAUAAUGUUAUUUAUUGUAUAAGAUUUCAUUUUUCGGUAUUUAUUUUCAUUAUUAUUGAUCUUCAAAUCAUUAAUCUACAGUAACAGUACAGUACCCUGUAUAUGAAAUUUCAAAAGAAGCCCCCAAGUUGGAUCCACUUCCCAGUGUUUUAUUCAAUGUUCUGGAUGUUACAAGGAAAUAAUGCAAAUUGGAUUUAUUAGUUCACCUAUUGACAAAAUGCAUCAGAUUUUAUUUACAUGUAACAUGUUGUAUGAAGAGUCAAUUGUCAUGGAUGUGUGACAAUACCUGCAAGUAUUUCUCUGUCACCGAAUUCAUUACAGCAUUCUGCCGAGUGGGCACUAUAUUGAAUGGGAAAAGCUUUUAAGUUACAUCAGGAAGAAAUACAUUGGCGUGAAGGUUUAGUAUCUCUAAAGGGCCCUACACAUUGGCCGAUCCGCCGCCGAGCUGCCCGACGGCGGAUACGGCCGACGGGCGACCCGGCGGCGGAGGGUCAGUGACGGGGGGAGUGAAGUUUCUUCACUCCCCCCCGUCACCCGGCUGCAUUGAAGUGCAGGCAAAUAUGGACAAGAUCGUCCAUAUUGGCCUGCAUGUACAGCCGACGGGGGACACCAGCGAUUAACGAGCGAGGGGCCACGCAUUGUUCAUCGCUGGAGCCUCCACACUCAAAGAUAUGAACGGUAUCUCGUUGAUUUAUGAACGAGAUCGUUCAUAUCUUUGACAAAUGUCAGCUAGUGUGUAGGGCCUAUAAGUUCUGUGAAUGCUGCAAAGCCCACAAGUGUAUAUAUACAUUUUGUACUAAUUAUUGAUGUAUUUCCAUGAACUUAGAAUUUGAAGCUGAGCUUUCCAGGCAUAUAGCAUAAAGUAUUAUUUUUUAACAUGCAGAUCCCUUAGUGCAUCAAAAGGUCAUUUAAAAUGGUAAAAAGAGUGGGAAUGAGUAUAGGAUGACAUGAUUAUCGAGCCGUCAGUGAACCAAAAUCUGUCAGUAAAGUACCUAUUUAACUCCGUGUGGUGUGGUAAUGGUUCAAGAAUGAUUUUGUAAAGCAUAAAAUUGUGAACCCAUUUCUCAGGCCUACUCCCAGGAAAAGUCCUCUGGUGAUGAGAGGAAAUAAAUGUGAAUAUUUAAUGGA